UUGCUCUCUUAUCCCUUAGGAUCAAACUAAGCAAAGAACGUAGAGAAUAAGAAAAACAUGGAAGCUUGCUUUCUCUCAUCAAAUUCCUUCACUAAAAGUCAUGAGAUUGUGCCCUCAAUCAAGGCUAGAUCACUUACUUUUACUAAGAAAAACCCCAACCUUUUUCACUCUAGGAAAGUUUCUUUCCCAUCUUCCAUCACAUGUUGCCAUCUGGAUUCAUCUUCACCGUCGGAUGAUGACAAGAAGCCAACACUUGAUUCUGAUUGGCGUUCAUUUAGAGCAAGGCUAGUAGCAUUAGAGAAAGUAUCAAAGCCUGAGAACUCUUCAUCGUCCACCAAUCCUGAUACAGUAGUGGAUCACCCUCCAUCCGUUGCAAUUAACGACAAAUGGGUCCACACCAUCCAUGAGCCCGAAAAGGGUUGUCUACUUAUCGCGACUGAGAAGCUCGAUGGGGUACAUAUUUUCGAACGGACGGUAAUCCUACUUUUAUCAACAGGACCAAUAGGCCCAUCCGGGAUCAUCCUCAACCGACCAUCCCUCAUGUCGAUCAAAGAAAUGAGAUCACCGACCCUAGACAUCGCAGGGACAUUUUCGGACAGGCAGUUGUUUUUUGGUGGGCCAUUGGAAGAAGGGUUAUUUUUGGUGACUCCGAGAAUGGAUGAAAAGAGCGGGGUUUUCGAAGAAGUAAUGGAAGGGUUAUAUUAUGGGACAAAAGAGAGUGCGGGGUGUGCAGCUGAGACGGUGAAGAGGAAUGUGAUAGGGGCAGGGGAUUUGAGGUUCUUUGAUGGGUAUUGUGGGUGGGAAAAAGAGCAAUUGAAUGAAGAAAUUAGGGCUGGUUACUGGACAAUUGCAGCUUGUAGUCCAAAUGUAAUUGGUCUUGGCAGUGUAGCAAGUGUAGGACUUUGGGAUGAUAUUAUUGGGCUUCUGGGCCCAAAAAAGGUUUGGUAAAAUAGAAAAUGUAUUGGUCUAUGUUAGAAGAAUCAAACCGAUCAUAUUCAUGUGAAUUUUAUAUA